AUGAGUUUUCCAUUAGAGAAAGGGGAUAGUUUUCCAUUGCAGGAAAAAGAUGAAACGAUUUCAGGUCAAGAUCAAGUCAGGCGAGCUCAACUCAAGAUGCAAUUUCAUGGCAUAAGAAAGGGAGAUGAUGAAACUAUAGAGGUCUAUGUCAAACAAUUGAAGUCCACAGCCGAUUCUUUAGCAGCGAUUGACAGUCCUAUACCAGAUCCAGACUUGGUAUUGCAACUUCUCGCCGGUUUACCAUCUCAAUAUUUGCCCUUCCAAAAGACAAUCUCAUCUCAAUUUCCUCUCCCUGCUUUUUCCGAGGCUUGUUCCAUGCUUUACAUGUACGAGACGUUAUUGAAGGAGCAAACAAAUCCAAACAGUAAUAAUUCAUCGGAGGAGAGAAAAGAGAAAUUUGAAAAGAUGCUUGCUAUAUUUAAUACAGUAACAAGUGUGGCUUCAACGGCAUGGGAUCUUUGGAAUGUAUUUGGAACCUCAGCUGCUAAAACAGUAAAUCCUGGAAACAAGAAAUAUACAAAAAAACCAGGAAGGGGAAAUUAUCAUAAGAGAGGCGCUUCUAAUACCAAUUUCCGCAACUCUGCUCGGAAGUAA